AUUAAUUCAAAUGGAUUAUUCUGUCAAUAACCCGCAAUUUGAUGACUUCCUAAAGUUUGAUGACCAGUUACUCAAAAUGCAGGCCCAGCUUGAGAAGCAAGCACAACAAUUUGGCUUCGAAAAUGAUAACUUUAUUAAAGAUCAACUCCCAAAUCUUGAGAAGAAGUAUGGCCCAGCAAUCUUGGGUGAUGAUGAUGGUGAGGAUGAGAUGCCACCUACCCCCGAUGCUCUUCCUACACAGAUAAAAACCAAGGCGAUGGAUAAUGAGCAUCCUAAUGUAUCGAAAAGUAAGACUAAAGGAAUCAAGAAAAUUAAUAAAACCUCGGCUGUCAAGAAAAAGAAAGAACCAAAGGUAAAUGACGAUCUCUUUCAGACCCAGAAAUAUGAGGUUGCCACCAAAGCUACCACUUAUAAAGAUAUGAAGGAGACUAGGUAUAAUGCUUUGCCCACUUUCACCAUGCCUAAAGAGGAGCCUUUGGCUAUGAAAUCUACAAAGGCUCCAAAAGUAGGCUCUAAAUACAAAAAGUCAAUGAUCGAUUCAAUCCCUCAAUUUGGAGAUCUUUACGAUGAAACUUUUUAUGAGACUCAGUACAAGGACGAGAUAGAGAUCAAGCCAAAGCAUAUCAGCGGGUGUGAUGGAGACAAUCAGUUCCAGAAGUUCUACUACAAACAUUUCACCAAGGAAUAUUCCCAAUGAUUUAUGUAA